CUUUGAGUGCUUAACCUGAUUAACCGUCAGUUUGUUAACCAACGAUCAAAACCCGCCAAUGUUAGUUCAUGCUCCAUUCUUAUUCUUCAUAAUUAAGAUUUUGAAAAUAAAAAAAAUCAGAAAGAAAAAAACAAAGAAAAGAGUGAAGCAUUAGUUUCAACAAUGGAUUGGCUUGCCAUAAGAAGGUGCUGGAGAAGCCCUGCAAAUUUAAGAGUUAUUGGCUUACUCUUGCUGGGUCAACUAGUUUCCUUCUCUCUUGCUCUCACUAGCCUCACUUCUUCUCUCAUAGCCGGAUUUGGUGUUGAUGCACCUUUAACUCAGAGCCUGUUUACCUAUGCAUCUUUAGCUUUGGUUUAUGGAAGCAUACUUCUCUAUAGGCACCACAAACCUCUGGUUUCUUGGUAUUGGUAUCUACUAUUAGGCUUUGCUGAUGUUCAGGGGAAUUAUUUGGUUAACAAAGCAUUUCAGUAUUCAUCCAUUACUAGUGUGACAUUACUGGACUGUUGGACAAUACCAUGGGCAAUUUUAUUCACAUGGUUCUUCCUAGGCACAAGAUAUUCACUAUGGCAGUUAGGUGGUGGAGCCCUCUGUGUGCUGGGUCUCUGUUUGGUGAUACUUUCUGACACUUGGGUUGGUGGUGGAGGUGGCUCAAUACCUAUAUUGGGUGAUGUGCUUGUGAUUGGAGGGACAGUUUUCUAUGCAAUAAGCAAUGUUGGUGAGGAAUUUUGUGUUAAGAACAAAGAUCGCAUUGAAGUUGUUUCCAUGAUUGGUGUUUAUGGAAUGUUGGUGACAAUUGUUGAAGUAUCUUUCAUAGAAUUGAGGACUCUGGAAUCUGUCAAAUGGUCUGCAGACAUUGUACUUGCUUUUGCUGGUUAUGCAUUGUCAACCUUCACGUUUUAUACACUUACUCCUUUUGUUUUAAAGUUGAGCGGAGCAACAAUGUUUAAUCUUUCUCUUCUAACGUCUGAUUUGUGGGCAGUGGUUUUCAAAAUCUUCUUAUAUCACCAUAAGGUGGAUUGGUUGUACUUCUUAUCUUUUGCACUUGUUGUUAUUGGCCUCAUCAUUUAUUCUACAACAGAGAAGGAUUCUACACCUGCAUUAUCAGCAACAGAGGAUGGGAAUGUGGACACAGAAUACCAAAUACUUGAUGACGAAAUUAGCACAACAUCUGCAACUGGUUCAUGAGGGAAAGUCACAUUUUACAAUUGGAAGUGGAAAAUACAACUCGUAUGAUUUGUAAUCUAUAGUUUAGGCUGAAUUUCAUAAUGUGCUUCUUGAGGCACAACUCAUCUACAAAAAAAAUGAGUAAAACUAAAACAUACAGUAUAACAAACAAUCACAAAUAUAAAAUUAAAGAUUUUUAAUGUGGUUUGAUCACAAA